UCGGCCGGCUUGCGCUGUAAACCCCGGGGCUGAUGCGAGCCGCUUCUGCUUCCGGGUCACGCCUUGACAGCGGCUUCCCGGACCGAUCUGCCCCGCGGUUCGGCAGUCCGGAGCAUGUGAGCGCACUCUGAGCCCUGAUGAGCUCCAGCAUGUGGUAUAUUAUGCAGAGCAUUCAGAGCAAAUACUCCCUCUCCGAACGCCUGAUCCGAACCAUCGCCGCCAUCCGCUCCUUCCCACAUGACAACGUAGAGGACCUCAUCCGAGGGGGAGCAGAUGUGAACUGCACGCACGGCACGCUGAAGCCCCUGCACUGUGCCUGCAUGGUGUCCGACGCCGACUGCGUAGAGCUCCUCCUGGAGAAGGGAGCAGAGGUCAAUGCCCUGGAUGGUUACAACCGAACGGCCCUCCAUUAUGCAGCAGAGAAAGAUGAGGCUUGUGUGGAGGUCCUACUGGAGUAUGGGGCAAACCCCAAUGCACUGGAUGGCAACAGAGACACCCCGCUUCACUGGGCAGCCUUUAAGAACAAUGCUGAGUGUGUGCGGGCUCUCCUGGAGAGCGGAGCCUCGGUCAAUGCCCUGGAUUACAACAAUGAUACGCCGCUCAGCUGGGCUGCCAUGAAGGGAAAUCUUGAGAGUGUCAGCAUCCUUCUUGAUUAUGGUGCUGAGGUCAGAGUCAUCAACUUAAAAGGCCAGACACCCAUCUCCCGCCUGGUGGCUCUGCUAGUGAGAGGACUUGGAACAGAAAAAGAAGACUCCUGCUUUGAGCUCCUCCAUAGAGCUGUUGGACAGUUUGAAUUAAGGAAAAACGGCAUCAUGCCCCGAGAAGUGACCAAAGACCAGCAGCUGUGUGAAAAACUGACUGUGUUGUGCUCAGCACCAGGGACGCUUAAAACCCUCGCCCGCUACGCUGUGCGCCGUAGCCUCGGUCUCCAGUACCUGCCCGAUGCAGUGAAGGGUCUCCCACUGCCAGUGUCUUUGAAGGACUACCUGUUACUCUUGGAGUAGCCUGGAGGAGGCAUUGCUGCCGUCAUGCGGACGGCUGUGGGUGAGGCUUCCUUGCCAUCCUGUCUCUUUGUUGUGAACACAGAAAAGAAGGUGUUCCUGCUGUGUGGUUUCGAGAUUUGAGGCGACACAUAACAGUGACGUAUGCAUCGCCUCCCCUCCCAUCCCAAGCAACCAAACCAAAAACAUUUACCUCACUUGUUUGCCGUGUUAUUGCUUAGUUGCUUUUUUAUAUUCAGCCCUGCAAAAGAAGUCUCCCCAGAUCCCUCAGUCACCAGUGUAACCCCCUUUCCUAGGAAGAUGUCAUGUUCUUAGAGUGUACAGUUCCCUUUGGGGCCGUGGUGUAGCACGGUGACAGAGUUCCUUCUGAAAAUUUCUAGUUGAUGUGACAGCUAACAAAUUAAUACCCCCAGUUAACAAGAAUUAUGUUCCAAGGAUGAGUGCUUGAACUCCAGGUGCGGUGUAGAUGCAGAAUUUGGCAUUCAGGAGCACUUCCAUAUGGUACCCAGGGGCUAGUCAUCCAGUAGUUGGGACUUCACCCAGAUAUCUGGCUGUUCCCCUUAAAAAGAGACACUACUUCCCAGCAGUCCCAGAAUUACCAGGCCAUCCUUCUAAUGUGGCUCUUUCCCUGAAAAGUCCUGUGCACCAAUGAGCUGAGGGAGCAUCCCAGCAUCCCGCACCUCGGAUAAAGGUCUCUCUAGUAGGGGUGGGGGGGCGGGGGGGGGCCUCACUGCCCUUUCCACAGAGCUUCAUUCCUUACGAGUUUGCAAUUUUGGUUUUGUUUGUUUUGGUUUUUGUUUUUUUCCUACUCUCUUGGAACCUUUGCUUUUUUAUUGAGCUAUAGAAAAUGGUGGGGUAAGUGGAGCUGGGGACAGAAUACAAAAGGGGUUUUUUGGAACUGGCCUGCCUACCCUAAAAAGACCCAUUUCUGUGAACAAAGCUCCUCUUUUUCGUGUUCUUAAACUAGAUGAAGUUGGUUUUGACCUUAAGUGAUCUGUAUGCAAGUUGGAAAGCACUUUUUAAAAAGCUGGCUGGAGACUACACCCAAAUGAAUAGAACCUUCUGACGCAGCUAACUCAAAAACGUGUGCCUGCUUUUGUUCUUUCUGUUGCUGGGGUUUGCCCAUUUGAAAAAAGAAUAAAUAAAUAAUUCUAAAAGCAAA